ACGUGACAGUGUAGUUUUCCGCUUCCAUAAACAAGAGGACUGCCAGAGUUUGCUGCCAGUCCCUGUGUGCCUCUAGGCUGAGGCUUUCUCUGAGGGACACAGACAUACUGACAGAGAAAGUGAGCAAGGGUCGAGGAGGGAGAAAGUGAGAGACGGAAAGAGGGGAGACAGAAAGACAGGAAAACCCAUAAGGAAAACAAAAAGACGAGAAAGAACUGACAGAAGAGGAGCAGGGAGAAGAAGAGAGUAAAAUAAAGACUGUGUUAAAUCUCUCUUCUUCUCAAAGGGAAACGAUUAAGUCAUGGCUGAGAACAACACAAAUCUCUUUCUGGAAAUACUUGAGUCUUUUGAUGCGGUCCCUCUGAUCAUAGCUUUCUGUGUGUCCAUUGCGGUGGGCCUGCUUUUGGGGGCUCUGGUUUACGUGAUCUUGACCUGGAUGUCCAGACGGAGAGCAGGCUCUGCCAGCAUCACCCGCCGCCCACCUCACCAAUCACGCACCCCCUCGCGCAACCGCCCGGGCUUUAACCGCAACAGCAGCUAUGACCGGCGCAGCAACAACAGUUUGAUCAGUGCCGCCUUUAGCUUCCAUCGCCAGACUUCCUCCCCAGAUCACAUUGACCCACUGGGGCACAAAUCCAGCUUCAGGGCCUCCACUUUCCACCCUCUGCUCCAGUGCAGCCAAAUCGCUAGAGAGGCAGAGGAGGGAAGCCAGACCACGCUGCCUCGUACACCCACUCUCACCACAACGACUGGAUCGGCCCACAGUGCAGCCCAGCUGACUGCCACCCCACCCAGACCUGAGUCAUUUUGGGGGAACAAUGGUCUGAGGGGUUUCCAGGCUACACAGACCCCACCUCCGGCUUAUGAGAGCAUUAUUAGAGCUUAUCAGGAAACGCGCACCUAAGAAAGGGGAGCAACAUUAUGACACUGAAUGGAUGAGCCCGUAGUUGCAAAUGGAUUUACAACUGAUAGGUAAAUAAAGCUGUACUGAUUUAUAGGACCAGGUGAAGGUGCAUGGAGACAACCACGAAAGGUCAAUCGUGUGUCCUGCUUGUGAGAAUGACAAUCUGCAACAACAAUCACAUCUGUAUGUCUUUAAGUUAGUUAAUAUGUAUACAUAUAUAUAUAUAUAUAUAUAUAUAUAUGUAUAUAUAUAUAUAUACAUACAUAUAUAUAUAUAUAUAUAUACAUAUAUAUAUGUAUAUAUACAUAUACAUAUAUAUAUGGUUUUGACAAAAGUAUACUUGCGAUUCUUCAUUAAAUACUGACAAAAUAUUUAUAACACUAAAUUUGACCCUUUCUUCAAUGUGACCAUGACUGCUUCAUUAAGGAGGGGGAAAUUAUCACUGCUAAAAACCAGCAGUCUGUAUUGAAUGGUGAUUGAGUCUUUAUGUAUGCUUGCACAAAAUAUUUUGUUUGUUUAGAUCAGAAUAAUUUACAAAUACAUUCUGCUGACUGGGCAUUUGUGAACCCAACUAUGCAAAAGAUGGGAUUGUGUGAGUUUGAGUGUGUGUAUGUGU